CGCGAAGAUCAGCGGGUGUCUGUACGUAGUUCAAAUAUUGUAAAGUUCUAUUUGUUCUUACGUUUAUAACGUCCAAUUAACAUUGCUUUCGAGUUUCUUAUAUAUUAUCUGUAUAUAAUUUGGAUCGGACAUAAUGAAAACGACACAAGUUGCCCAGUACGCGUUAAGACUCACAUAUUCGCAGCAAGCGAACCGUGAGAAGAUGAUGACACGGUCCGCUCUACUCCUAGCCACCAUCGGUCUCGGCCUGUCCACGUUUAGCGUACGCCAGAUGAUCCUCAACCAGUCUAGACGCGUUUAGGACAAACCAGUACUCCCAGAACAACCCGCCGGAGCAAGCUUGUCGCAGACAAUUGACAAUGCAAAAACAAAACGUCUUUUGAAAAAAAAAAACUCCUGAAUGCAUCCACGUAGGGCAAUUUAUCUUUGUUUAAAUCAUUUUAAUUUAGCGAGGUGCGUUCAGUAAAUAUUUAAAGUGUGUAAAUGCGGAGAGGAUUAUGUUUGAAUAAAAUAAAAUGUAAUUUAUUUAUUUUUAAUGCUUCAUUUUUGUGCGUGAUUGUAUAGUAGCGUCGCCAGUUUAGGAUUUCUAUUAAUUUUUUUGUUUUUGUUUUUUAGUUAAACUUUCUUGAAGAUUGAAUGAAUGAGAUGUUUAAUUUGUACACGAAUGUUUACGACAGUUGUGAUGGAUGCCAAAUAAAAAUAGACAUUACAAUAUUU